AUGCAUAGGGAAAAGGCCUUAUUUUGGGGAACGAUAAGUGUCCUGAUGUGUGCUGCUUCCAGGUUCCAGGCGUUAGGUCAAUCAGCAAAUCGACCGCGUAAUAUUUACACUUUCCCCCGAAUCCCGGUUGAGGGUUGCCAGGGCCACACCAACCACAGCUCAAAUUAUUACAUAGCCCUUGGGUUGAUUGGCUCUGUUACCGCUGCCAAGAAACUAUUUGAUGCUGUUGGCAGUGAGCAGUGCAACCCUGAAUUUCUCAAAGGUGGUGUGGGGCUUAAAAACGUGAUUGAGACGGUAGAGGAGUGGCUUGGCUGGGAGCAUGGGGAGCAACGACGACCGUUUCUGGACGCAGAACAAUCCGUUCUCAGACACCUUGGAUCCCAAAUCCAGCGAUUUUGCUCCCGUACCAAGAUAGUGAGGGCCGAACUAGUACUCAGGUGGGUGACCACUGGGGAAUCCUCGGUGUUGUAUGUUUUUGUCUUUUUUUGGCACAUUGGACGAAUUGGACCUGCUUUGUUUGCCUUUUAG